AUGCCCCCGAGGGCGAACAAUCAACAGAUAUCCGUCUCUACAAUCGGUAUACGCGACGCCGGCCAAGUUAGGUACGUGCAAAUUGAUAUUGCACGUAGCAAGGGCCCCAACUCAUUCGGAAAUAAGUCGGUCAAACACUUCGCGCAUGAUGCGACGUCGGUGACGGGGUGGGAGGGUUGGGGGGAGCGGGUUGUUCAUUUCGUCGCGACCCGACAAUGCAUUGGCACG